UCUUUUUUGGUUUCUAAAAUAAAGGGUAAUGAAUUCAAAAAGAAAACAAUUACAUGCUAAAAUACCUGUUGAAUGUGAUGAUUCUGAAAUUAUGUUACAAAAUGAAAAUAAAGAUACAAAUCAAUCCAAUAAAUCCAAUAAAGUCGGAUUUGACAAGGAAUGUUUUCAGCUUGAAGAGAUGAAAAGGAAUGACAAAAUUACAGACAAAAUUGAACAUUCAAAUGGUGUCGAUGUGAAUAGGCGAGGAUUGUUCCAAACAACAACAAGUUAUUCCUCCUAUUUUUCCGAUGGUAAAAGACUAAUAGAUUUUGUUUUGGCAUAUGAAGUAAAGGCUAUGGAUGAGUAUGAAAGUAAAGAAGAAUCUUCAGGAGAUGAACAAAUGGAGAAAAGACAAAUUUUUGAGAGUAAUAUGCAAGCACUUGGUUUAGAACUUGAAUAUGUUACUUCGAAGCAAGGAAAUGUUAAAUUUAUACUUGUCCAUGCUCCCUUUCGUGUUUUAAUGAAACAAGCAGAAUUAUUAAUGAUUAGGAUGCCUGUACAUAGAAAUGAUGAAGUUAAUUUAAUGGAUGGUUGUAUAAAUUCAAUUUUAAAAAGAAUUAAAUUUCUUAAUCAUAAAGAAUCGCUUAAAAAUCGAAUAGAAACAGAAGAAUAUUUUUGUCAGCCUUUUGUAGCUCAACAUUUACAUUGUUUUGUAAAUUGGGAAAAUCCCGACAAUUUCUUUUCUCGAGCGGAUCGUGCUCGUAUGGUCUAUGAUUUAUUAAUUAGAACACGUUAUGAUAGAGGGAAUAGAGUAGACAAAAUGCGUUUUGGAAUUGAAAGGCUUAUUAGAAAUAAUACUUAUUCUGCUGCUUAUCCACUUCAUGAGGAAUUGGAUACUUCUUCAAAAACCGAUGAUUAUUCAACAUGCCCCAGUGAUCGUCAAUUGUUAUACGAAACAUGGGUUAAACUAAAAAAUCUCGUUAAAUAUCAACCUCUAGAUUUAAUUCAAAAAUAUUAUGGAACAAAAAUUGCUUUUUAUUUUGCUUGGUUAGGCUUCUAUACUCGUUGUUUAUAUCCUAUUUCAAUUUUGGGUGUUAUUUGCGUUAUUUAUGGACUUUUUACUAUGAGCACAGAUAUUUCAAGUAAUGAUAUUUGUUAUGGACCAGAUGGCUCUGUGUCUCAAGAAUUACUUUGUCCUGCUUGUGAAAAAUUUUGUGAUUAUAUUCCUUUAAACAGUACUUGUCUUUACUCAAAGGUUUUCUUUAAUUUUAAGUUUAAUUGUAAUUCUAAAUUGGUCUUUCCCUAA